CUCCGUCCCUUUACGUAAUGACGUCAGUCCCUACGUCUCCGACGAGCCGAAAAUGGCGGAGUACCUGGCAUCCAUUUUCGGUACAGAGAAAGACAAGGUCAAUUGUUCCUUUUAUUUUAAAAUUGGCGCUUGCAGACAUGGAGACCGCUGCUCGAGAUUGCACAACAAACCAACGUUCAGCCAGACCAUCUUGAUUCAGAACAUCUACCGUAAUCCCCAGAACAGUGCACAGACGGCCGACGCUUCUCGCUGUGCCGUCAGCGAUGUGGAAAUGCAGGAGCACUACGACGAGUUCUUUGAGGAGGUGUUCACAGAGAUGGAGGAGAAGUACGGAGAGGUGGAGGAGAUGAACGUGUGCGAUAACUUGGGCGACCACCUGGUCGGCAACGUUUAUGUUAAGUUUCGUCGUGAGGAGGACGCAGAGAAAGCCGUCAUGGACCUGAACAAUCGGUGGUUCAACGCCCAACCCAUCCACGCAGAGCUCUCCCCCGUCACUGACUUCAGGGAAGCCUGCUGCCGCCAGUAUGAAAUGGGAGAGUGCACCCGAGGGGGCUUCUGCAACUUCAUGCACCUGAAACCCAUAUCGCGGGAACUUCGAAGGGAGCUGUACGGCCGCCGCAGGAAAGGGGGAAGGCCGCGCUCUCAGUCGCGUUCCCGUGAGCGCCGCUCCCGCUCCAGGGACCGACGGCGGGACCGCGAGAGGCCGAGAAGGUCGCGGGACCGAGAGCGCUCCGGAAGAUUCUGAAAGAAGCCAAGACCGACCCAAUGUCCUACCAAAUCUUUCCCCCUUAACCCCAGCAGUGAUGACAAAGUUAUUUUUCUUUUUUUGGUGAAUUGUUGGAAGUGUUUUACUUUUAUUCCCUUUUUUUAAGACAAGCUUGUGUCGCUUUCUCAAUAAAACAGAUUUGUAAUUCUGCACUGGCA